AUGGUGAUGCUUUGUCAUCCGCUCGUACAUCACACUACGCUGGACUUCCGCGCUAACAUCUUUCUUGUGGCAUACCCUACGCCAAAGUAUCCGAACAGCCCCCUAAGCACCUUUCCUUCCGUGGUCUUUAACUUUAACUUCGUUAAGAAGUUGAAUGCAGAAGGUGCAUCUUCGCUGAAUAUGCCUCUCGUAGUUGUGAUUGUUCUUCAGCACACUGCACAGGCAUCAGAACUCAUCUACGAGUUCGAUCAUCUACCCGUCCACCCAGAUUCCCGUUGGAAGUCUCAAGGAGACACAAAUCUGCUCGCACUUAUCCAGGGCGUAGACGUAAUCCAGGCUGCAGCGAGCUUUGAUACAGGGUUGACAACGUAUUGUAGUUUCGUGCUGCUUUACUCGAAUAUAACAAUAUCGUCGGUAUACUCGAGUUCGGUCCCGGGAUACCCUGAUGACGAUUUCAACAGAGCACUGACCGACUGUUCUUCGCAAGAGUCAUCGAUGCGAAUUUGA